AUGGCUGCUACAAAGCGGAUUUUGGUGAUCGCUGGGUCGGACAGCUCCGGUGGAGCUGGUCUUGAGGCAGACCAGAAGGUCAUUGCUGCACAUGGGUGCUAUGCGAUGACUGCAACUACUGCCCUCACCGCACAGAACACACAAGGCGUACAAGACGUCCUCCAUACACCGCCUGCGUUUCUUAAGAAGCAGCUGGAUGCAGUCUGCGAGGAUGUCGGAGUGGACGUAGUCAAGACAGGCAUGCUUGCGUCGGCGGAGACUAUAGAGAUCGUUGCAGACGCAUUUCGCCGAUACAAUGUCGCGAAAAGCGUGGUUGACCCUGUGAUGGUAUCAACAUCUGGCUCGCAUCUUCUUCCAGAGUCAGCCAUCUCAACUUUGAUCGGAAAGCUGUUGCCUCUGACCACUAUACUCACGCCCAACCUGCCUGAGGCUGAGUUACUCUUGAAGAUCGCCGGCGUAGACAUCAAGAGCCCGGAAAACGUCGAUGAUAUUGUGGCAAUGGCUAAACAUCUCCAACAGCUAGGUCCCAAGUACGUCUUACUCAAGGGCGGACACCUGCCGCUCACAAAGGGGCAUCUAGUCAGCAAAGGCGAGAAAGAGAGCGCGAUUGUCUUGAACGUAUUGGUCAGCCAUGACGAGGUGAUCAUGAUGGAGACUGCCAUUGCGUGCAACCUCGCUUCUGGUAUGAACAUGGCAAAAGCUGUCAACAAAGCCAAUCGUUACGUCGAGACUGGCAUCAGAACAAGCCGGGAUUUAGGUAAGGGUAGUGGACCGAUUAACCACUUCCAUGCUAUGUACACACUGCCAUUCUCACAAGGCGACUUCAUACAGUACCUGCUAGACCGCGACGACAGUCAGAAGCCAUGGAAAGCCUACAUCGAGCACGAGUUCGUGCAAAAGAUGGGUGAUGGGUCACUGCCCAUCGAGAACUACAAGUACUACCUGAUCCAAGACUACUUGUUCCUCAUUCAGUUUGCACGCGCCACGGCCCUCGGAGCUUAUAAAUCCAGUUCUUUGACGGACAUUGGCCGCUCGGUGCAACAAGUUGUCACGCUGCAGGAGGAGAUCAAGCUGCACAUCGACUUCUGCAAAGACCAAGGCUUAUCCGUGAAGGACAUCGAGAGUCAGGAAGAGGAUCAAGCCACGACUGCAUACACCAGAUACGUCCUGGACAUUGGGCAGUCUCAGGAUUGGCUUGCACUGCAAGUGGCCCUCUUGCCCUGUCUGAUUGGAUAUGGCAUCAUUGCAAAACGCCUCUUCGAUGACACCAACACACUCAGGGAGGGCAGAUACUGGACGUGGAUCAAACAGUACGUCGACGAGGAGUAUAUGGAGGCAAUGGCGAGAGGCUCUGCUCUGAUUGAGGAGCAUGCAGGCAAGCAGUCGGUUGCGCGUCUUGACGAGCUGGCCCAAAUUUUUAUUCAUGCCACAAACAUGGAAAGAGGUUUCUGGGACAUGGGCAUGAGGGCCGGAGUUACAGCCAAGUGA